UAAAAAUGGCGAUUAUUUACGAACAUACGUCGAGUUACUUUCUCUAAUGACAAGAAACUGCUGUCAUCAAAAAGUUGCAAUUGAAAUUGACGCAUAAAAUUGAGCCAGGUUAGGUUUUAUAUAAAUCUGAUGUAAUCAUCACUAUAAUAGGAAUUGUGACAACUACUCGAAGCCAGAUUCAUGAACAUUAUUCUCCGUUUCCCGCACCAACCGUUCCAACUGUCAUCUAAAAUUUUGAUAUUUGUACAUUGUUUUCAUAGACGGGCACUAUUUAUGUCUGAGUUCUGACCAUUGAUAGAGUGGCGAUGGACCAGCAGACAACUGAAGUGGAGAGGCCAAGAAUCAGUCGCUCAAAAGCAAGACAUUUACGUCAUAAACGUCUCAAAGCUGCGCGUAGAUCUGAGAAUAAUCCUCCUUUGCAAUUACAAUCUGAUGAAAAGCAGAGAGUUGCCAGUGUUCAAGAAACAGAUGACACUCUAAGUAAAUCUAAGGCCAGAAGAUUACGUAGAAAGAAGAAAUCUGAGGAAGUCAAGAACUCCAAUCGGACGACUGAGAAACCUGUUGCCUUGUCUGGUAGAGAAACCAAAUUAUCAAAUGAUGAAUUGCCAUCCAAAAGCACAAACCUUAGAAAACCAGUUGAAAAUCCAGUACCCGUCAUAAAUUCAGAAAGUGGAAUUCCCCCUGACCAUUCUCAUGGUGAAAGAUCUAUCGAUCUAAUUAAAGAGUAUCCUUCACAAUCCACUUAUGAUAGCGACAAAACUGUGAAAGUAAUCAAAAAUUCGAACGAUUCCGUAAACAACAGAACUGUUAAAGACAUUGAAGAUAACAGUAUUUCUGACAAACCAAUAGUGAAAAUGAAUCCCACAGAGAAAACUAGAGAGCAAAUCAAGGCUGAACGUGAAGCAAAAAAGACUGCAAAAGCUCUGGCCAAGAACAAGGCAAAAGUUCCAAAAUCGGAACAAGAGAAGGAUACAAAAAGUAGUACAGAUCUGCCAGUUGAAAAGGCUAAUCCUGAACGGCUUCAAAAAGAUUCGAUAGAAAAUGUAGCAGCUGAGAAAGUAGAAAAGCCAGCUGGAAAACAAACAGCAUCAAUUGCGUUUGAAAAGACUUCAGUGGUUGAUAAUAAAGAAAAUGAACCACAAAUCAAAGUAGAUGGAAAAAGUAAGAAGGAAUCAAAAGCAGAACGCAGAGCUAAGCAAGAGAGUCAAAGAGCUGCCAAGGAAAAACUGGCGUUGGAAAAAAAUAAACCAAAGUUAGGUAUGCCCGCUAAAGCGAAAGCUCCACCUCCACCAUCAGAUUCUGCUGAAAACAUUGUGAGAAAGACGCUCGUAAAUGAUAAUUUGCAUGAGGUCAAGCUAUUUAAACAUUUAUAUCAUGAACGGAAAUUAUGUCUAAGGAAAGUUCUGGCUCUCGACUCAAAUAUACACCCUGCAAUAGUGAGACUUGGCGUACAGUACGAAAAAAAGGUGAUAGUUGGUAGCAACGCGAGAUGCGUUGCAUUAUUAGCUGCGGUAAAACAAAUGCUUCAAGAUUUUGAGUGUCCACCACAAGCAGAUUUCACUAGAAUUUUCGAAUCUUCUUUAUUUUCAUGUGAAGCGUACCUAAAUCAUUGUAGACCUUUGGCUGUUUCAAUGCAAAAUGCAUUAAAGCAUCUGAAAUGGCAAAUGACUCAAUUACCAACAACUGUAUCAGAUGAAGAUGCUAAAUCCAAACUGAGUGAUGCCAUUGAUACGUAUAUUAGGGAACAAAUUCAACUAGCCGGAAAAGCAAUUUCAAAUACCAUUCAAACAAAGAUAUCUAACGGAGACGUCAUUUUAACUUAUGCUUUUUCAUCUUUAAUCCACAAUAUACUCAUUGACGCACAUAAAGCUGGAAAACAAUUCCGUGUCAUUGUCGUAGAUGGUAGACCUUGGUUAGAGGGUAAGGAGCUGUUGAGACGACUUGCAAAUCAUGGAAUAGAGUGUUCUUACAUAUUAAUUAAUGCACUUAGUUUCAUCAUGCCUGAGGUGAGCAAAGUCUUCCUUGGGGCUCAUGCGAUUUUGGCAAAUGGUGCUGUAAUGUCAAGGGCUGGGACAUCGCAAGUAGCUUUAAUGGCAAAGACGUUCAAUGUACCAGUUUUGGUUGCCUGCGAAACGCACAAGUCUUGUGAACGUGUUCAGACCGAUUCGUUCGUCUAUAAUGAAAUAGGUGAUGCAAAUGAACUCACUCGCCAAUUUUUAAGUAAGACAAAGAAAUCUCCGCUACUCAAUUGGAAGACGAAAAAGUAUCUGGAUUUGCUGAACAUAACGUUUGACGUGACUCCUGCGAAUUUGGUGUCAGCAGUAGUUACUGAAUUAGCUAUUUUGCCUUGUACUAGUAUUCCGGUUAUACUCAGAAUCAAGCCAUCUGAAAUUUGAAUAAAUUUUUGCAUGGCAUUAUCCCUUUGUAUGAAAUUAUUAAAGAUAUUAUAAAGGACAGUUCUUAUCGGAA